AUGAAUUGGUUGUUCUGGAAUAUAAGGGGUGUAAAUAAAAGGUAUAAACAGAAGGAGGUUAGGGAAUAUUUUAGGAGCAACAAAAUAAAGUUAGUAGGUUUUGUAGAAACUAAAGCGAAGGAAGGGAAUGCUCAAAGGAUUUCAAAAGCUAUUGUUCCUGGAUGGAAUGUUCUGACAAAUUAUAAGGAUGCUAAGAAUGGAAGGAUUUGGUUGUUGUGGGAUACUAAUCAUUUCAUUGUCACUAGUCUUAAAGAUGAUGCUCAAAUGAUACAUUGUCAGGUGAAAAGUAGAAGGGGAGAUAUAGACUGCUUACUCGCUGUAGUUUAUGGCUAUAAUGAGAUAGAACAAAGAAGAGCUCUAUGGGAUAACCUACAACUACUAUCAGUAAGUAUAACAGUUCCAUGGCUAAUAGCAGGAGAUUUCAAUACAGUACUAUAUCCAAAGGACAGACUAUCAUGUAACCCAGUAAACUGUUCAGAGAUUCAAGAAUUUGCUACUUGUCUUCAACAAACAACAUUGACAGAACUACCUUGGAAGGAUGACUAUUAUACAUGGACAAAUAAACAACCUGGUGUAGAUAGGGUCAUCAGUAGACUGGAUAGAGUUUUUGGUAACUAUGAAUGGAUGAUGUCCUGGGGCCAUGUAGAAACUAACUAUGAUUUGCCUCAAAUAUCAGAUCAUAUUCCUAUGUUGUUAACAUUAUCAUCUUCAACAUGGACUGGUAGAGUACCCUUUAGAUUUUUCAACAUAUGGGCAGCACAUGAAGACUUUUCUCAAAUAGUGGCAAACAUAUGGAAUUCUCACAAUACUCAUGAAACUUUGAAAUCAGUAUGGAUAAAGUUGAAAGAUUUGAAACCUGCUCUGAAAGCUUUGAAUUCUAGGGAAUUCAGAGGCAUCACUCAAAGAAUUGAAAAGGCUAGACUAGAGCUGAGGACCAUUCAAGAGCAGAUAUCAAUAACUUGUACUGAUGCUUUGUUAGAUAUGGAGAAGGAAACACUAAUCAAUCUUGAGAAGUGGUCCUUAAUUGAGGAGAGUGUUCUACAACAGAAGGCUAGAGAAAGAUGGAUACAGCUUGGAGAUUCCAACUCAAAAUACUUCACAGCAGUAAUGAAGGAUAGAACUCAAAGGAAGCAGAUUACAGAAAUCACAACAUUACUAGAAGACAAGUUGACUGACCCUGCAUCUAUCAAAAACGAGAUCAUGGAUUUCUACAAGAGUUUAAUGGGAUCAACUGCUAAUUCCUUACCUGCCAUAAACAGAUCAUACAUGAAGAAUGGUCCUACAUUGUCUCAUCAGCAAAGGAUGGAUUUAUUGCAGAAAGUCAUGCCAACCAUAAUUUGUGAAGCUCAAGCUGGUUUCAUCCCUGGCAGAAAGAUUGCAGACAAUCAGGAUCCCUCUAGGCUGCUUUUUCAGCUUUGCCAUGUUGUAAAGCACCAGGCAGCUUGCCAAGCUGGAAUGCACCAGGCUGCUGGACAGCCUUGCCAGCCCUGCCAAUCACCCCCUUUGUAUAGCCAUUUUGAUUUCUAUAAAUAG